AUGAGUACUAAUUCAGUUGAUGUUCCUGUAGCUGAAAGGCUGAAUAUUGAUAUAAGAGAUGAAGAAAGGCUACUGAAAACGAGUUCUUCGAUGUGUCCAAAUUAUGAACACAUUACAAUUUUUGAUUUUGAUGACACUCUAUUGCCUAGUUCUUGGUUGAUUCAAGUUUUACAACUACGUGGCGAGUUGAGUGAUAAAAUGAAAGAAGAAAUGCAUAAAUUGGACGAAAGUGCAUAUGUAUUACUAUCUACAGCACUCAGAUUUUCAUCAGUAAUAAUAAUCACAAAUGCUGAAGUUGGUUGGAUAAGAAGCAGUUGUUCCAUGUUUAUGCCAUUGUUUCACAGUUUGCUAGAAUCUGUGAUAAUUGUAUCUGCUCGAAGUCGCUAUGAAGAAAAGUAUCCUUAUGAUUCUGGAAAAUGGAAAGAAUUGACUUUCCGUGAUGAAAUUGAAAAAUUGCGCAAAGAAGAUUCUUUCAUAAGUUUGCUUAGCAUUGGGGAUUCUUUAUAUGAACGUAAUGCUGCGCUUCUUUAUGGGUCUACGAACAAAUACUCAAUAGUAAAAUCUAUAAAAAUGAUCGAUCUUCCGACUCCUGGUCAGUUGAUAACCCAACAACGACUAAUUUGUAAUGCUUUACCUUCCAUGAUACAGAGUCGAGAGAAACUUGAUUUGAAACUAUCAGUUGAAGUGUCGAUUUAGUGAACUUUCUUUUUUCUGUCGAAAAGAGUUCAUUGUGUUAUAUUGGUAAUUAGUAUUAUUUAUAUUGUUUUUUCUUUAUUUUUAUUUUUAUUUUCCCUAUUAAUAUUAUUAUUUAUUUAUUUAUUUAAU